AUGGCCCCUCAUGACCCCAACCGUGUCGCUAGCAUCAUGCUCUCAUGGCACUCGCUCGAGCUCAUCUCGUGCACCAACCUUCAAACCCUAUGGGCCGGGUAUGGACAAAUAUGCGCUAUCACAGCGCGAGCCACCACCUCCCAAGCAGCCGAACAUCUCAGCAAGCUGUGCGGGGUAGAGCCUGGUGUUGUGGGGACGACGUAUCCCCUUAUCCUGAAACUCAUCUCACCGCCCCGAAAAAGCGCCAGCACUGCAGACGAGGGCCAUCUACGGAAAAUGCUGAGCUACGAGGUGGAACAGUACUUCUAUAGCGAAGUAGUCCCUCAGCUGAGCUGCAACACAGCCAUAGCCAAAUGCGUUGCCUCGACGCGCGACAUGGACUACUCGGCAGACUCGUCGGAACUCAGCGGUCUUAUGGCUACGAUCAUGGUUGAUCUGCGUCCUGAGUUCCCCAUCGCGGGUGAGAAGAGAGGUGCGCUGAACCGCGCACAGGUUCGCGCAGCGCUAGACUGGCUAGCUGGAUUCCACAGCUGCUCAAGGAAACUACUGCCAUCUAGUCUUGACGGAUAUAUUCUGCCGCCGCUUGAAGAACGCAAUAGAAGACAGAGACAGAGCCCAGACAAGGAUGUUGGUAGCGGGCUGUGGCUGAAUGGGGGGUAUACGUACCUCGCAACGCGACGUAAAGAAUACGCAUCUCUUGCACAGGACACGGACUCGGAGUGGUCAGAUGCGCUGUGCAGGGUAUCGGAAGGGUGCUCACUAUCCGUGGCGGAGAUGGUUGCAUUGUUCCUAACGCCCUGCGGGAGGGCAAUUGAGUCUUAUAUUCAUGGCGAUGUCAAGUCGGAAAAUCUUUUCACGACUACUAAUGGAGACAAGGUGGCCUUCUUUGACUUCCAGUAUGUCGGGCUCGGUUUGGGAGUCUGUGACCUUGCCAAAUUGUUUACCUGCUCGGUUCCGCUGCAUAUGCUAGUUGAUGGAAAUGGGAGUUUGCCCGCACAGCUGUCAAUGUGCGAUGCCGAAAGGGCACUGCUAGAGCGAUAUCGUAUGAGUCUCCUCCAAGAUGAGGAAUCGGAGGAGUCAGAGCUAUACGAAUGGGAAGCGUUCAAACGGCACUGGGAGACAGCUUUGGUUGAUUGGUGUAGAUUCCAGGCUUCGUGGGGAUUUUGGGGGAAUACUGAGUGGCUUGGGGCCCGUGUAAGAUCAAUCUUGAAUGACCAGGAGUGGAGAGACUGGCUGUAUCAGAAUAUCCGUGGUCGAGUGUAG